AUGGUGCCAGCCGACGAAUCGCAUUUAGUACCUUCACCGUUACCUGAUGAACUGAAAGACUGGGAUAAUAUAGAAGACGAAAGCCUGUUCCGGAAGCCGUGGGAACAUUAUGAGUUGUUCCUCGCUCAGCAUGGAUACACUUUGCUGGGCGCACCAGCCUACGAUGAUCCCCAAGUAUUUGAGCGUAUACCAAGGCGACCCGCGUUGAAUCCAUUCUUUCCCAAGGACGAUGAAGAUUUCGUCCAUCGGCCGGUCUUUAUGUGGGAAGAAGUGGAGUAUCUUCGCUUGCCUCAGUUCUUCCAGCCGCGUGCCACUCUGUACUUAGGACUAGAUAAAGUAGGACGGCAGGUCCUCUUCAAAGCAGUCACGCGAGAUUCUGCAGAGUACAAGGUGCUGAGUCACCUUCGCAGCCAUAAUCUACGCCAAGACCCUAGGAACCAUACUAUCCCAGCUACGCUGGUUUCAGCGGGUGAUAUGGUUUUCGUCAUUCAACCCUACUGGGGCAGAUGCUGGGACUGGCCUUCUCCGGACAGUGUCACCGCUCGCUUUAAGAUUGUGUUUCAGCUUCUUGAGGGUCUCGUUUUUAUGCACGAAAAUAGGGUCGGCCAUGGGGACAUCCAUCGAGAGAACAUCCUGUGGAAUCACAGUGACUGCAGAGGGUGGACCACGGGUGAACAUGAUCCUCCUCCGGGUUACUUAUUCCACAGCACCUUCGACUUCCGUAUGGCGUACAUCGACUUCGGCUGCUCUACCCUCUUGGAGCCUGGUCAGAGCCGCAUGGUUCCGAGUAAUUCCCGACCUCCCUCUGAUUUUGCAGCUCCGGAACAGACAGCAGAGGGCGAUUCCUAUGAUGUUUUCGCUGCGGACGUAUAUAACCUUGGGAAAGUCCUUCAAUGGGAGCUAGAGGAAGCACUAAAGCAUGAUGAUCCCGUUGCUCGAGAAACGGUUGAGUCAGCACCAGAUUAUCUAGACCUCCUCAGAAGCAUGACCCAGGAGGACCCCGCUCGGCGCCCUUCCUCCCUGGAAGCUCAUAUUACCUUCAGAGCUAUCUUCAAGAAUUGGGAAUUGACAAGGUCGUAG